AUGCCACCCCCAACACUGAGCAAGAAACUCACCUCCAUUCAAGGGGUGCGCUUGCCGGGAUCACCGUCAACCUGGAAGAUCGACAUCCACUAUCCGCCCAACUCCCCGCGCGGCAUCAUCCAGUCCAUCACCCCGCACGACGUUUCAACCCCGAGAGAUGACUCGGUUCCCACGCCACUGGUUCUACCCGCCCUAACACAUCCACACAUCCAUCUGGACAAGGCAUUUGUCCACAGUGCCCGACAAUACGCACAUCUUCUCCCGUCCGCUGGCUCUUUCCAGGAGGCACUGUCUUUUACCACAGAGGCCAAGCAGCAAUUCACCGUGCCCGAUGUUCUCCAGCGAGGGGAGUGGCUGCUGGCCGAAUCCGUCUCGGCCGGCGUCACGGCAAUGAGAGCCUUUGUCGAGGUCGACCAUACGGUGAAACUAGUCUGCUUGGAAGCAGCCACCAAACUCCAAGAGCAAUGGAAAGAUGCCUGUGAGAUACAGAUUGUCUGCUUCGCGCAAGAUCCUAUAUUCUCUACCCAACAUGGAGAAGAAAACAUGGACUUUAUCCAAAAGGCACUCGAAGAACACCCGCAGAUCGACGUGGUCGGGACAACCCCGUACGUGGAAUCAACGAUCGAUGCCGCUAAACAGAACAUCGACUGGGCCGUUGAUCGUGCCCUGCAACUGAAUAAACACCUCGAUUUCCACCUCGACUACAAUCUGGACUCGGGCAAGGAAGCUCUGGUCUGGUACGUGCUACGCAGCCUCCAACAACGGGGCUGGACCUCGUCCACCACAUCUAAACGUGUAAUGCUGGGACACUGUACCCGCCACACGCUCUUCACCCACGAGGAAUGGAGCCAAAUCUCCCGUAUCAUCCAUGAAAACGACCUCCCCGUCAGCUUUGUCGGCUUACCCACCAGCGACAUAUACAUGGCUGCCUCGCCCGAGCAAAAAGUCCCGCACGACCGGCCCCGAGGUACCCUCCGAGUCCCUGAGAUGAUUCGCAAGCAUGACCUCGACGCCGUAAUGGGCGUUAACAAUGUCGGUAAUGCGUUCACGCCCUGGGGCCCUCCAGAUCCAUUGUUUCUGGCUUGCCUGGGUGUGGGCGUCUAUCAAGCUGGGACGCAGGAUGAUGCGAGACUGUUAUAUGAGUGUGUGUCUACUCGUGCCCGCGCUGCGAUUGGACUGUCGUCAUCAGACCCGUCACUUUCAGAUAUCGGUCUGAAGCAGGGUGGGUGUUCUGAUUUUCUGCUGGUUUAUGAUCGGGAUCUUACUGGGUGUGGUGUGACCCGCCCUUGCGGUAGUGUCGCUGAGGUUGUGUGGAAUCCGCCUGCGACGGUGAAUCGAGAGGUGGUGGUUGGCGGCCGGGUCAAGCGUUCUGGCUUUGUGUGUGUGCAGAAUGACCCGAAUCACCCGAUAUAUGUCUAUUCGGAAAAGUAG